AUGGCAACUCCCCUGCGCAUUGCGGUCGAGGGCUGCGGCCAUGGCACUCUCAACGCAAUCUACGACUCCAUCGCCAAAGCCUGCGCAAUCAACAAAUGGCCUGGCGUGGACCUCCUCAUCAUCGGCGGCGACUUCCAAGCCGUGCGCAACAUGCAGGACCUCAACAUCAUGUCCUGCCCCGAAAAGUACCGCGCCCUCGGCGACUUCCACGAAUACUACUCUGGCAAGCGCCGCGCUCCCUACCUCACGCUCUUUGUUGGCGGCAACCACGAGGCCAGCUCGCACCUCUGGGAGCUCUACUAUGGCGGCUGGGCCGCACCGAAUAUCUACUACAUGGGCGCCUCGUCGAUUGUGAAUUUCAGAGGCCUGCGCGUUGGUGGCUUGAGUGGCAUCUAUAACCACCACCACUAUCACCUCCCGCAUCAUGAGCGCCUCCCGUAUAGUCCCAAGGAUGUAAAGUCUGCGUACCAUGUCCGCGCGUACGAUAUGUUCAAGCUGUACCAAGCGCAGGAGCCCAUCGAUGUGAUGAUAUCGCACGAUUGGCCGCAGGGUAUCGAGCACUGCGGCGACAUGGACGGGUUGCUGCGCAGGAAGCCGUUCUUUCGGGCUGAUAUCGAGAAGGGCGAGCUGGGGUCGCCGCCGGCGAGGAGCCUCCUGUAUAAGCUGAAGCCAAGAUACUGGUUUAGUGCGCAUAUGCAUGUCAAGUUUUCGGCGAUCGUGGACCAUGAAGCUGCGAGUGGCACGGUGAAGAAGGUAAACAAGACGAAGGACGUGGAGAGGGUGAAGGCGCGGAAUCCGGAAGAGCUGGAUAUCGGCCUUGAAGAUGGGGAGCCGGCUGCGCCGGUGGUGGUGAAGAAUCCGGACGAGCUGGAGAUCGAGCUAGAUGAAGAGGACGUAGCUCCGGCGGUGCCGGCGAAGAAUCCAGACGAGCUGGACCUUGACCUGGACGACGAGGAGGAAGGCGGAGUGUCUGUGCCGCCAAAGAACUCGGACGAGAUCGAGCUCGACCUUGACGAGCAGCCCGAGAACCUUCCUCCCGCUGCGGCCACCGCAAUCCUCUCCGUCACGCCCACCUCCCCUGCGCCCCCUUCCGCCUCCAGCAGCCCAUCCGGCCUCUCCUACGACCCCGAAUGGCUCGCCAUCACGCGCGCGCUGAAUCCGUAUCUGCACAACCCGCCCACGCACCCGUACGCAUCGUUCCAGGACCCGGUUCACCAGGCGGAAAUCACGGCCGAGAUUGCGCGGCAGAGGGAGUGGGUGGAGGAGAAUAUUGUUGCGAGGGGAAAGUUGGGCGUGGAGGAGAACUUUGUGAAGGUUGCGCCGACGCAGGCGAUGGUGAAGAGGGAGGAGUGGGGGGUGGGGCCGGCGCCGUAUGCGAGUCCGAUGACGGAGAAGUUUUGCGCGUUGGUGGAGAUUGAGGAUGGGACGCUGGUUGGGGGAGGAAGUGGAGGAGGAGGUGGAUAUAGAGGUAGCGGAGGGGGCGGAGGGUGGAGAGGUGGCAAUAGGGGUGGUGGUGGUGGUGGGCGGGGAGGGGGCGGGUACAGAGGCGGCGGUGGAAGAGGUGGUGGAAGAGGGGGUAGGGGUAGAGGGUAA